AUGGGGCCUGAAUCAUCAGGAAAAAGCAAGAAGUGUUCCUCCAUUCUGAUCCCAGAUGACUCACUAACCACCAUCCCACCCUCUCACAACCUGCCCACUGCAUCAAGGAGAAUCCAUAGAGAGGAAGGAGAAGUGAAGCUGGUCAGAGAGGCUCUGGGUGGGGACACAGUGCAGAGCUGGCCCUGGGCUGUGUCUGUGCAAGAGGACAAAGACUCCAGCAGCAGACAUUCAUCCUACAAGUGGUCAGAGCGCAGUGACCCCCUGCAGCUGGUGGUGACAGGUGUCCCUCUGGGGUUGGCAGAAGAGGGGAGGAACCAGCAUUUCUCUACCACCUACCAUGUGCCAAACACAUUAUCCUUGUUGUCUCUUCGGAUCCUCACAACAACUCUGCCAGCCCUGCCCAGCUCUGAGGUGGCCUCAGGACAGACGGUGACCCUGCAGUGUCGGUCAGAGGGAUGGUAUGACUGGUGUGUCCUGUGCAAGGAGGGAGAAGAGAUCAGCUGCGGCAGGACCCGGAGCCAUGGAUGGAGGUGUCAGGCUGACUUCCUCUUCCCUGCUGUGACUCCGACCCAGGAUGGCACUUACCGAUGCUUCUGCUUUUAUAGUUAUUACCCCUCUCUGUUGUCCUUCCCCAGCGCCCCCCUGCUGCUCCGGGUCUCAGAGCGCAGUGACCCCCUGGAGCUGGUGGUCACAGGGUCCUUCUCUCUAAGCCCUGAGUCUGAGAACAAGCCAUCAGAUGCUGCUGCCCUGGAUUACACUGUGGGCAACCUGGUCCGCCUCACCUUGGCUGGGCUGGUCCUCGUCCUCCUGGGGGUCCUGCUGGCUGAGCACUGGAAAAGCUCCAGAGAACAACCCAUCCCGGGAGUCCUUGGCUGA